AUGGAGCGGUCCCAGUCCCAGUCCCAGCGGCAUGGGGGUGAACAAAGCUGGUGGGGCAGUGCCCCCCAGUACCAGUACAUGCCCUUUGAACACUGUACCAGCUAUGGACUGCCUUCAGAGAACGGGGGCCUUCAACACCGACCCCGAAAGGAUGUGGGUCCCAGGCACAAUGCUCACCCAACACAGAUAUAUGGCCAUCACAAAGAAAAAUAUUCAUAUAAGGAACAAGACAGGGGGAUGCCCAAGAAGAUGGGCUCCAGUUCUACUGUGAACAACUUGGAUGAGGACCACUAUUCUAAAUGUCAAGAUUGUGUCCACCGCCUGGGACGUGUGGUCAGAAGGAAGCUGGGGGAAGACUGGAUCUUUCUUGUGCUCCUGGGCCUACUCAUGGCUCUAGUCAGCUGGUGCAUGGACUAUGUUAGUGCCAAGAGCCUUCAGGCCUACAAGUGGACCUAUGCCCAGAUGCAGCCCAGCCUUCCUCUGCAGUACCUGGCCUGGGUCACCUUCCCACUUAUCCUCAUCCUCUUCAGUGCUCUCUUUUGCCAACUCAUCUCUCCCCAGGCUGUGGGUUCUGGGAUUCCCGAGAUGAAGACAAUUCUUCGUGGUGUUGUCUUGAAGGAAUACCUCACACUCAAGGCUUUUGUAGCCAAGGUGGUGGCCUUAACGGCUGGGCUAGGCAGUGGCAUCCCUGUGGGGAAAGAGGGUCCCUUCGUCCACAUUGCCAGCAUCUGUGCUGCUGUCCUGAGCAAGUUUAUGUCCAUGUUCUGUGGUGUCUAUGAGCAGCCAUACUAUUACACUGACAUCCUGACAGUGGGCUGUGCCGUGGGGGUCGGCUGCUGUUUUGGAACACCACUUGGAGGAGUGCUGUUCAGCAUUGAGGUCACCUCCACCUACUUCGCCGUUCGGAAUUACUGGCGAGGAUUCUUUGCAGCCACAUUCAGUGCCUUUGUGUUCCGUGUCUUGGCAGUGUGGAACAAGGAUGCUGUCACCAUCACCGCUCUGUUCAGAACUAAUUUCCGAAUGGAUUUCCCUUUUGACCUGAAGGAACUUCCAGCUUUUGCUGUCAUUGGGAUCUGCUGCGGGUUCUUGGGAGCUGUUUUCGUUUAUCUACAUCGCCAAGUCAUGCUCGGUGUCCGAAAGCACAAGGCUCUCAGCCAGUUUCUUGCUAAGCACCGCCUGCUAUAUCCUGGAAUUGUUACCUUUGUCAUCGCCUCGCUCACCUUUCCACCAGGAAUGGGUCAAUUCAUGGCUGGAGAGCUGAUGCCCCGUGAAGCCAUCAGUACCUUAUUUGACAACAAUACAUGGGUAAAACACAUAGGUGACCCCCAAAGCCUGGGCCCGUCGGCGGUAUGGAUUCACCCCCAGGUCAACGUGGUCAUCAUCAUCCUUCUGUUCUUCAUCAUGAAGUUUUGGAUGUCCAUUGUGGCCACCACUAUGCCCAUACCCUGCGGAGGCUUCAUGCCUGUUUUUGUGCUCGGAGCUGCAUUUGGAAGGCUGGUAGGAGAGAUCAUGGCCAUGUUGUUCCCUGAGGGUAUCUUAUUUGAUGACUUCCUCUACAAGAUCUUACCUGGGGGCUAUGCAGUAAUUGGAGCGGCAGCUCUGACUGGGGCUGUCUCCCACACCGUCUCCACAGCUGUGAUCUGCUUCGAAUUGACUGGUCAGAUUGCUCACAUCCUGCCCAUGAUGGUGGCUGUUAUUUUGGCCAACAUGGUGGCUCAGAGUCUGCAACCCUCCCUCUAUGACAGCAUCAUCCAGGUCAAGAAGCUUCCCUAUUUGCCAGACCUUGGUUGGAACCAGCUCAGCAAAUUUACAAUCUUUGUUGAAGACAUCAUGGUACGUGAUGUGAAGUUUGUUUCAGCUUCUUGCACAUAUGGGGAUCUGAGAAACCUACUCCAGACCACCACAGUCAAGACUUUACCAUUGGUUGAUUCCAAAGAGUCAAUGAUCCUGCUGGGCUCAGUUGAACGCUCAGAACUGCAGUCCCUCCUCCAGCGCCACCUGUGUGCAGAGCGAAGGUUGAAGGCUGCCCAGGAUAUGGCGCGCAAGUUAUCGGAACUGCCCUAUGACGGCAAGGCACGGCUGGCUGGGGAGUGGCACCCUGGUGGUCGACCAGAGUCCUUCGCCUUUGUGGAUGAGGAUGAAGAUGAGGACAUCUCCAGGAGGUCAGAGCUUCCACCGUCUCCUCCUCCACCACCUCCCCUCUUUCCUACUGCUCCAUCUUACCCUGAAGAACCUAAUGGGCCGCUGCCCAACCACAAACAGCCACCUGAAGCUCCAGAGCCUGCAGGUCAAAGAUCAUCCAUCUUCCGGCGCCUGCUGCACUGCUUACUGGGCAGAGCUCACUCUACAAAGAAGAAAAUAGCCCAGGAUUCAACGGAUUUAGUGGAUAACAUGUCACCGGAAGAGAUUGAGGCCUGGGAGCGGGAACAGCUGAGCCAGCCUGUGUGCUUUGACUGCUGCUGUAUCGACCAGUCUCCCUUCCAGCUGGUGGAGCAGACAACGCUGCACAAGACUCAUACACUCUUCUCACUUCUUGGCCUCCAUCUUGCCUAUGUGACCAGCAUGGGGAAGCUCAGAGGUGUCUUGGCACUAGAAGAGCUACAGAAAGCUAUUGAGGGCCACACCAAAUCUGGGGUGCAGCUCCGCCCUCCUCUUGCCAGCUUCCGGAAUACAACUUCAAUUCGGAAGAGUCCUGGGGGGCCACCCCCUCCUGCAGAGGGUUGGGGUCUGCCUGAGGGUGGAGAUGACGCUCCUGGAGCAGAAGUCAUAGUUCCUAGCAUGCCAGAGACUCCUGUACCACCUCCAUCUCCAGAGGUCCCUCACUGCAUGGCCCCAGCCAGAGUGGAGGGUGAGCUGGAUGAGCUGGAGAUGGUGGGAAGCCCAGGACCAGAGGAGGACCUGGCUGACAUUUUGCAUGGCCCCAGCCUGCGGUCCACUGAUGAGGAGGAUGAAGAUGAGCUGAUUCUGUGA